GCUCUCUCGAGCUUCGACAUAAAACGGGGAGGAAAUCAAUCCUCCUCCCCCCCUUAUCCCCUCUUCCUUCUUCGCUUCUUCUUCUUCCUCCGCAUUAAUUCUCUCUUCCAUUCCGCCUCGCCUCGCCUCGCCUCUCGCGGCCAAGCAGAUCCGGCCACCGCCUGCCCACCGACGACGAUGAGCCACCGGCGAGUGGAUGCGGCGGCGUGCGACUCAUGGAGGCCCCCACCCACGCCGCCGCCUCCCCACGCCCGCCGCGCGCUCGCCCUCCGCGUGGGUGGGGGUGGGGGUGGCCCGGCGUUCGCGUCGCUCACCGUGCGGGAGGGGGGAGGGGGAGGGGAGGAGGGGGAGGUGGGGGAGGGGAAGGGGAAGCAGCAGCAGCUGCCGGCGGCGGGGGUGCUGGUGAGGCACCCGCUGGCGAUGCUGGCGCUGGUGCCCAACGCCGUCGCGCUCUUCGCGGCGGGGGCGGCCGCGGGGGCCGUCGCCAAGACGAUCACCGCGCCGCUCGACCGCGUCAAGCUCCUCAUGCAGACGCACAGCGUGCGGGUGGUGGGGGAGAGCACCAAGAAAGGGAUCGGAUUCCUCGAGGCUAUUGCAGAGAUAGGGAAGGAAGAGGGCUUGAAGGGUUACUGGAAAGGCAAUCUUCCACAGGUUAUCCGCAUAGUUCCUUACAGUGCGGUGCAACUGUUUUCUUAUGAAGUUUACAAGAAAUUUUUCCGGAGAAAGGACGGAGAGCUUACUGUGUUUGGGAGACUUGCUGCUGGUGCUUGUGCGGGCAUGACAUCUACACUUGUAACUUACCCACUGGAUGUUCUUCGGCUGAGGCUAGCAGUUCAAUCUGGACAUAGUACUAUGUCUCAGGUUGCUAUGAACAUGCUGAGAGACGAAGGUUUGGCCUCCUUCUAUGGAGGCCUGGGUCCGUCUCUUAUAGGAAUCGCCCCUUACAUUGCUGUGAACUUCUGUGUUUUUGACUUAAUGAAGAAAUCUGUACCAGAGAAGUAUAAGAGUAGACCAGAGACAUCUCUGGCAACUGCUCUUCUUUCAGCAACAUUUGCAACUUUGAUGUGUUAUCCUCUGGACACUGUUAGAAGGCAGAUGCAAAUGAAAGGAUCACCCUACAACACGGUUUUGGAUGCUAUUCCAGGCAUUGUGGAACGUGAUGGUCUAAUUGGACUAUACAGAGGUUUUGUUCCAAAUGCAUUAAAAAAUCUACCAAAUAGCAGUAUUAAACUGACUGCGUUCGAUACUGUGAAGACACUGAUAUCUACUGGGCAGAAGGAACUGGAGAAACUAAUGCAAGAAAAUCAAGAGAAAAUGAGCUAAGAUUGGCCUGGUCGCUGAUUCUGAUGCUGUGAAUCCCAGUCCGAAGACUUGAUUCAUGUUCUUCAGUUCGUCUCUUCGUCGCCUUUAUAUUUUAUAAUAGUAUGUUGUAGAAAUAUAGGAGAUGAAAUGAAAAGAGUGAACUACAGUUUAGGGAGAGGAGAAUGUAUCUAUUUUUCUUUUUGAUAUUUAGGAGAUCGUAUGUAUUUAUUUUCCUAGUUUUCAAGGUGUGGGGAAGUGAUGUUGGAGAAUUGAACUAUUUUCUCAUGUGUUUAGGUAUUGAUUGAUUUAAUUUUAUCUUAUGAGCAGAGUGAAUAUUUUGUAUUUCCAACGCGCACAUGCCAAAUAUAUUUUGUGCUAGAGAACACUUUA